UGUGGUUGCUAAGCAACCAUUUAAUGCUACACAAAGUUCACCAAGAUUGUAAGAAACAUGCAUUGUAGUUGGUGAUAUGUUUCACUUGUAAUUAAUUUUAUUUGUAAAUAAUGACAGACGAUAUAAAACCGGAAACUAUUAAGAAGACUCAAGAUUUACUUGGAAAAUACUUCAAAAAGCCACCGCUCACCGAAAAAUUACUAAGGAAACCACCGUUUCGAUUUCUUCACGAUAUUGUGUCAGCAGUCAUAAAUGAAACUGGUUUUCUAGACGGUUUGUAUACAGAGGAAGAACUAAACUCAGAAAAUAUAAAAAAUAAAGAGUCAAAACUUUCUUAUUUAUCAAAAUUGAUCGACGUCGUCAAACUGGCUACUGGCAUUAAUUUAACUGUAAGAGCCAGUAAGAUAAUCUCAGGUCAGGAACCAACUAAAACAAAUGAGUUAUUACAAGCAAUUGGAAAAGCUCUAGAUAAGAAGAUAAGUAGUAUAGAAGUCAUUCAACAAUAUAAGAAAAAUUUAGAAAAAAACAAAUCUAGUUUGAGAAGUAAGUCAUCUAUAACAAAAGAUGAAAGGAGAGUAUCAUCAAAAGACAGAUUUCAAAGAAAAAUUUCAACAGCGAAGGAAAAAUCUACAGAACAAAAGAAGAAAGUUCUUAAUGAAAGUAAUGCAACAAUACAUAAAGAAACACGCAAAGAAGAAAGCCAAGAAUCUAAAAAAAAUGUUGAAGUUACAGAAAAUCUACAAAUUGAGCCAACCCAAGAGAAAGUUCCUUCAUCUGCACAUAGAAGAAGGUCUUCAUCUGCUAAAUCUAAACAGAACACAUCCUCUACACCUUUCCCUGAAACAAGUCCUUUGCAAUUGGAUAGAAAAACAGAUGAAUGUAAAAAGCAAAAAGAAUUGGAGAACAAUUUAAAGCAUAUGACACAUACUGAAAGUAAUGAAUCACAAGAUCUAAUGCUCAUUGCAUUUAACUCUAUAAAUUCAGAAUCAAAUAUAAAAGAUAAUAAAAUAGAUGAAAACACAAACAAACUUGAGUACAAGGAAACUGGCAUGAUAAAUAAUGAAGUUCCUUUACAAAACAUAGAAAAAUCUGAUCAAUCGAUAGCAGAAACUCAAAAGUUUCAAUUAGAAAAUAAUGACACUAGUAUUUCACAAUCAAAUUCUAGACCAAGAACUUCUUUACGUCCACCAACUUCAAGACCAAUUAGUGCUAGACCUGCAGCACCUAGAAUACGAGGAAAAGUAGAAUUAAUAGUUAAUGAAGAAAUACUAACACCUAUGGGAAAUAUUAGCGUUAUUGUAGAAAAUUCUGAUCUUAAAGAUGACGAUGAUGCUGAAGAUAUGGUAGUUAUGGAAACUAGAGGAGGUGGUAGUGAUUCUUUAGAAAAUAGUGGAAACUAUAAAGUUGAUGAUCAACUAACACAAGAACAUGGACAUCUUGUUGCUCAAAUAUUAGAAACACAAAAGGAGUUAGUUAAUAACGAUAAUGUAGAUGUAAUACCUAAGAAAACAAAUAUUGCAUGGGAUACAAGUUCAAAGCGUGACAUAGUAGCAAAGGAAAUUGAUAAAUUACGAAACACGAUACAAACUUUAACUCGUGCAACAAAUCCGCUUGGAAAAUUGCUAGAUUAUUUUCAGGAAGAUGUAGAAAUUAUGCAAAAAGAACUAAUAGAAUGGAAAAAUCAGUAUCAACAAGUAAACGAAGAAUUAAAAAUAGAAAAAAUAAAAACACAAGAAUUAAUAGAACCUAUGAAAGAUACAUUAAAAGAAAUUGAUCACAAUGUGAAAUUGCAAUUAGAUAAAAUAUGUCAAGCGAAAUCACAAAUUAUGAAAAAUGACCAAAGGAUACAAACUUUAUUAAAUGGUCGUACUUAA